AUGUCCUGGGAGACAACCGUUCUUGGCUCAGCCAUGAAUAACUGCGUGCUCCUGGAGGAACUGCUGAUCAAAAAAUCCCAGCAGAAGAGAAGGACUUCACCCUCCAACUUUAAAGUGCGCUUCUUUGUCUUAACCAAAUCCAAGCUGGCUUACUAUGAACAUCGCCAUGGGAAAAAAAGGACGUUGAAGGGUUACGUGGAACUUUCCAGGAUUAAAUGUGUGGAAAUUGUGAAAAGUGACAUCAUCAUUCCCUGUCAGUAUAAAUAUCCCUUCCAGAUCGUCCAUGAUAACUACAUACUCUACGUGUUCGCGCCCAAUCGUGAGAGCCGACAGAGAUGGGUCUUUACACUGAAGGAAGAAACCAGAAACAACAACAGUUUGGUUUCAAAGUGUCACCCAGAUUUUUGGAUAGAUGGCAAGUGGAGAUGCUGUGCUCAGACAGAGAAGAUGGCAGCUGGCUGCGUGGAGUAUGACCCCACCAAAAAUGCCUCAAAGAAGCCUCUUCCUCCAACUCCUGAAGAUAACUGGAAAUUGUUGCUAGACCCAAAGGAAGCCAUAGUCAUGGCCAUAUACGACUAUGAAGCCCAGAAUCCGCAGGAGCUGACAUUACAAUAUAAUGAGGAAUAUUAUGUGAUUGACAGCUCUGAGGAACAUUGGUGGCUGAUUCAAGAUAAGAAUGGGCAUGAAGGCUACGUGCCAAGUAGCUACCUGGCGGAAAAAUCACCCGAGAAUCUGCAAAUAUAUGAAUGGUACAAUAAGAACAUCAGCAGAAGCAAAGCAGAAACACUCCUCAAGGAUGAGGGAAGGGAAGGUGCCUUCAUGGUGAGAGAUUCGAGGCAGCCGGGCAUGUACACAGUCUCUGUUUUCACCAAAGCAUUAAGCACGGAUAACAAUCCCGUUAUAAAGCAUUAUCACAUCAAUGAGACAACUGACUUUCCCAAGCGAUAUUACUUGGCAGAAAAGCACGUGUUUGACUGCAUCCCUGAACUCAUCAACUAUCACCAGCACAACGCAGGAGGUCUUGUCACUCGUUUGCGGUAUGCAGUCUCUUCUUGGAGAAAAAAGGCCCCAAUCACUGCAGGGCUGAGCUACGGAAAAUUGGUCAUUCACCCCUCUGAGCUCACCCGUGUACAGGAAAUUGGCAGUGGUCAGUUUGGGGUGGUCUAUAAAAAAAAAAAUUUAGCCAUAAAGACCAUUCGUGAAGGAGCAAUGUCUGAAGAGGAUUUCAUUGAGGAAGCUAAAGUCUUGAUGAAGCUGUCUCACCCCAAGCUAGUCCAGCUUUAUGGCGUGUGCUUUGAGAACGCUCCCAUUUGCCUGGUGUUUGAGUUCAUGGAGAACGGCUGCUUGUCUGACUACCUCAGGAGCCAGCGGGGCAGUUUUUCAAAGGAAACCCUGCUGGGGAUGUGCCAAGAUGUGUGCGAAGGAAUGGCUUAUCUGGAACAAAACUCUGUCAUCCACAGAGACCUGGCCGCUAGGAACUGCCUGGUGGGGGAAUCCCACGUGGUCAAAGUGUCCGACUUCGGGAUGUCGAGGAUUGUCCUUGACGAUCAGUAUACCAGCUCCACGGGUACCAAGUUUCCAGUCAAGUGGUCUGCUCCAGAGGUUUUCUCCUACAGCAACUAUAGCACCAAAUCUGACGUUUGGUCAUUUGGAGUGCUGAUGUGGGAGGUCUUCAGUGAAGGUAAAAUCCCCUAUGAGAACCGCACCAAUGGAGAAGUGGUGGAAGAAAUCAAUGCAGGAUUUCGGCUCUACAAACCCAAGCUGGCCUCCAAGGCAAUUUAUGAGGUCAUGAGCCACUGCUGGAGGAUGAGGAAAGAUGACCGGCCAUCCUUUUCUGUUCUGCUGUAUCAGCUGAGUGAAAUCUCUGAGUUUGAUCUGUAA